AUGGAGGCUCUCACUCCGUGGCCUGGCAACGGCAGUGGAGCCCUGUGCCCCGUGGACACCACCUUUGCCCAGCGCUUCUUGCCCACGGUCUACCUGGUGGUGAUCCCCCUGGGGCUGGCGGGGAAUGGGCUGGGGCUGUGGCACCUCUGCACCGGGCGCCGGCGGGGUGCCCGCCAUCCCCUCGGCCUGCUGGUGGGCAACCUGAGCCUGGCCGACCUGCUGUACGUCAGCACGCUGCCCUUCCUCGUCAGCUACUACCUGCAGGGCAGAGUGUGGCUCUUCGGGCAGGGCUGGUGCCGGAUCACCCGGGGCCUCUUCCACCUCAACCUCUACGCCAGCAUCGGCUUCCUCACCUGCAUCAGCGUCCACCGCUACCUGGGCAUUGUGCACCCGCUGAAGGCGCGGGGCAGGUGCCAGGGGGCAACCUCCUCGGCAUGGCUCAGCACGUUGGUCUGGGUGUGGGUCAUCGUGCAGGUAGCUCCCAGUUUCGCCUUCAGCAAGAUGGACAACACAGGGACACGGUGCCACGACACGACAGGGCACGAAAACCUGGGUGUUUACUUGCCGUACACCGCAGCCAUCACCAUGACUGGGUUCGUCAUCCCGUUCCUCAUCAUCAUCGGAUGCUACUGCCAUGUGGUGGUGGUGCUUUGCAAGAAUGAUACUGUGGACCCCAACCUCAGGAGGAGAAGCAUCAGACUGGUGAUUCUCGUGAUGGUCCUGUUCUCCAUCUGCUUCCUCCCCUACCACAUCUUCAGAAACCUCAACUUGUUGUCUCGAGGCUGGCAGCUGCAAGGGUCCUGCACACAGGCUUUAAAGAACAUCUACGUUUCCUACCAGGUGACCCGGGGCCUGGCCAGCUUCAACAGUGCCCUCAACCCCCUGCUCUACGUGAUGACCAGCGAAGACUGCAUGUCACGUAUGAGGACCAUCCGCCAAAGAGCCAGCCAGUCUCUGCGGUCCACCUUCGGGAGGGAAACAUCUUCCCAGGUGGAUGAGAAGAAGGUGAGCAUCAUUGUUUGCGAGGAGGAGGCUUCUGAUGAGUUCUGA